CCAAUUGUCUGUGUUAGCCGUAGCUGACGGAUUUCGAUCAUUCUUGUUGAUAUUACCUAAAAAUUUCGGAUUUUACAUUUUUUAUAGUUUUUCAUAAGUAUUUAUCAUCGUUGUUAUUUGGCCUCACACUUAUAAACGUUAAUUUUAUUUAUUAUUCUGUUGGCAGAUUUCAUUAAAUAUGGCAAUGACUGCAAGCUUAGUGGUUGUUCCACGAAAUUUUAGAUUAUUAGAAGAAUUAGAACAAGGACAAAAAGGUGUUGGUGAUGGUACUAUAAGUUGGGGUCUAGAAAAAGAUGAUGAUAUGACAUUAACCCAUUGGACUGGCAUGAUAAUUGGACCACCGAGGACACCAUAUGAAAAUCGAAUGUAUAGUUUAAAAGUAGAGUGCGGUCCAAGGUAUCCAGACGAUGCACCUGUCGCUCGAUUUGUAACAAGAAUCAAUAUGACUUGUGUGCACAAUUCAACUGGAUUGGUUGAUAAUAGGCAAGUGCCUGUAUUAGCAAGAUGGCAACGUGAUUAUACCAUAAAGACUGUAUUGCAAGAACUUAGAAGAUUAAUGACUCUCAAGGAUAACAUGAAAAUGUCUCAACCCCCUGAGGGUAGCACAUUCUAGCCAUCGCCGCUGUCUGAACCAUGGAAUAGUUUGUACCUUGCGCCUCGCUACCAACCUACAGUCGCUGCACCGGUACAACCAACACAGCCGAUGCAAGCAGUACAACAACAACGUCGCUUCAUUGGUCGUUGCCUGAGAAUUAUUUUUCCAUGCUGUUAUUACGCAGCAUCCUCUCAGUCAGACUCAUAGUUUAUUGCCCAAAAAUAAUAGGGGACCAUCCCCUUUUAAUUUGCGAUUUCUAAACAUAUUUGGUAAAGAAAUUUAAGUUUCACAGGUCAUUUUUGUUUUGUAAUUUUUUUUUUGUUAAAUAUUCGUUUAAUUUCAUGGUUCAGAAAGCGCAAUUCACAUUUAGGCAUAUUUUAUAUACUAUUUAUAAUUUAUAAUAUUAUAAUAUACUCAUAAACAAAUUA